AUGGACAAUACGGGUUCGCGCACAACAAAAGUAUUAAUGAAAGGAAAGGGUAAAAUUGUGGAAGUUGGUGGCACGUUGGGACGCUCUCUAUCACGACGAAAAGCCUUAAGCAAGUCAAAGGGCAUUGUUCUUGAAGAGGAGACUAUUUGCGAAGAUAUCACUCAGCCUUCUAUUUCUAAAAACUCCGAGUUACUGUCAGACCAGGUGAAGUCUGAGCAGGAAGCGAAAUCGCAUGAGUCGUCAAAAAGUGGAAGUGAUAGAAGUGCAAAGAAGAAAGCUGACUGGCCACCAGUGAAGGAUCAGAGUUUAAUAUAUGAGAGCGGUUCGUUCAAGAGAAAAACGAAAGCGAAACAGAUUCGUAAAGUGAUUCCCUUGAAAAAAAGUAAAAAGGGAGUAAAAACGAAAGGUAGAGAAGGUUUAAGAAAGAAAGUAGCAAAGCGAAUUAAAGAAGAACCUGCACCGUUGCCAAAAAAAGAAGAGAUGUUGGUGAAAAGUGAAGAGCUGAAGAAGGGAAAAAGCGGUAGUAAUUCUGGGAACCAGAAUUCGUUGGAGAAGAAGAGGUACGGUGCUCAUAAUCAGUGCAGGUGA